AGCAGGUGUUAGCCUAGAUCAUGUAAUGGAUUACACUUGUGCAUUUCAGGAAAUAUUUUGUUUUGAUAUGUGCCAGACAAAUCUGACCAUUUAUUGAAGGAACACUGAAGAUUGAUUGAGAUGUUUGCGUCUCGGCAAAUGUCGAAGAUGAUGAUCACAGCAGUGAUUCUUUGGUUCAACGCAUUUGGGACAGUUGAUCCGACUACCUGUGGACAAUAUUCAGUAUAUGGCAGAUAUGAAGGUAAAUGUGUCGACUUUAAGUGGUGUUUGUACCAGUUCUACACCGACCCAAGAUCGUGGUCAGAUGCAAGAGCGAUCUGUGGACAAAAUAACAAGACGUUGGCCCAUAUUACUGAUCUGUCGCAGCAUGUCUUCCUGACGUCACUGAUCCAAACCAGUUUACCUGCAAUCUACUUUAGCCCGCCCAGCUCCAUGUGGAUAGGAUUGUACAAGACAAACGGGGGACAACCUGUAUGGCAAGAUGACUGCGCCACUCUAAGCGCAAACUUUGCUCCUGUAACUGCAACGUUGACAGACUCAGCCGAAAUAUGUUACAUGCUAGACGGACAGGGAGGCACUUAUCAAGGACACGACUGUGAACAGUCUCAACCGUUCCUAUGUAAGGCAGCAACGUUGGAUAUCAGCACAUGCUAUGAAAGUGUUUCAACAAUUUACAAUGGCAGUGUACGUCCAACCUCUUAUUUCGGUGCGGCAUGGAGUGAAUGUGUCGCUUUAUUUGGAAAUGACAAAAAAGUUGUGGGAUUCCGGUACAACUCCCCAUUUUGCACCUAUAUGACUUAUAGAGCACACCAUACCUACACAAAGGGCACUUCUAGAUAUGCAAAAGCCAUGUUAAAGACAGAAGUGGUAACUCUCACAGAACCUGUGAGCUAUAUAACCAGUGAAAGCCAAAGUGUGUACUCCACUAGUCCAGUGGAACUACCAACGAUAGAAAUGACACUGGCUCCAGAUUCGGUUCCUACUCACACGUGGCUGAAGACUUCCCAAACGUAUUCAAGUGUAUCAGUUACAGGAACAGUAUCGAUUGUAACUAAUACAGUUUUAGGAGCCGCAUUGCAGAACAUUUCUGACGAUAUUAAGCAUAUGGAGCCAACUAAUAUGAGUAACCUGACAAUGUUCUGCAAACAACUACUUGAUUACGUUUUGGUCCACCCUGAUCAUGAGUGCUCAGAUCUCAUUGGGAUAGUAAAUGUCGAAAAUCAAAUAACAGAAAAGAUGGAGUCAUUACCAGCAGGUGACCUCGAUAUAAACACAACGGUUUCAUUGUAUCUUUCCAUCUUGAACCACGUGUACAAUUUCCAAACGAACAUUGACUGUCGACGAAAUAACCAAACGCCCGAGUUACUGGAACUUCAGGAUAGUCUUAUCAGAUUGUCAAAACUUAAUCUGAAACUACAGAAUAUCAGUAAAACGUUUGAACUCAACAUGACAUCCGUUUCAAUAACGGUAGGAGACGGAGGAGCGUUACAAGAAGAGUAUACAACAGCAUAUGGCAGGGUCAUACUAGAAAACAUCGAGAUCUUGAGACAGAACCUUGCCAGUCAGAAAGUGAUGAUUAUG